GUCGCUUCCUUUUAUUUUUUUUCGCGCAUUGAGUCCGUCGGGGGAAUAAAGUUACUUGCGAUCGUCCGCCACGGUCGUUGUCUCACUUGUGACACCGGUUCCCUCGGGUGAGCAUCGUCCCAUAGCCGAUUAUCGACACACCCCGGACUCUCUAGAUAAUCGCGUCAUCUCGUUUCGAACUAAUCGCGCGCUCACGCGAUCUCAUCGCGGAGUCAACAACGGCGUCGCUUUACUCUUGAUUACUUUGUCGUGUUUCCUGGUGAAGCAGCAUACGUUCGUCGAAUGAAAAUACGGACGAUAUCGUCCGGUACGUGACGUGACCGUAGUGCUUCGUCCCGUUGAAGCCUGAACUUAACUCAACGGCGUCGAACCGACGAUCGACUAACAGCAGAUAUCCAAAGGACGAAUCAGAAGUAAUAAUGGAUUCCAAGGAUGAUGCUGUACCUUCGGAUGAUGCUGAUAUUAUAUCUCAAUCAGAAGCUGUAAAUAACUCCGAAAAUAAUUCUCAGAAUGAGCCUGUAUCUUCAGACAAUGCUGAUGUUGUAUCUCAAACAGAAGCUGUGAAUAACUCCGAAAAUAAUUCUCAGAAUGAGCCUAUAUCUUCAGACAAUGCUGAUGUUGUAUCUCAAACAGAAGCUGUGAAUAACUCCGAAAAUAAUUCUCAGAAUGAGCCUGUAUCUCCAGACAAUGCUGAUGUUGUAUCUCAAACAGAAGCUGUGAAUAACGUUGAAAAUAAUUCUCAGGAUGAGCCUGUACCUUCAGACACUGUUGUAUCUCAGUCAGAAGCUUUAAGCAGCUUUGAAAAUAAUUCCCAGGGUGAUCCUGUAUCUUCAGAUGAUGCUGGUGUUAUAUCUCAAUUGGAAGCUUUGAGCAACUCUGGAAAUAAUUCCCAGGACAAUCCUGUUUCUUUAGAAAAUGCUGGUGUUAUAUCUCAAUUAGAUCCUUUGAACAACUCUGAAAAUGAUUCUCAGGAGGAUCCUAUCUGUUCAGAAAAUGCUACUGUAUCUCAAUCAGAAGCUUUAAACAACUUUGAAAAUAAUUCUCUAGAUGAUCCUGUAUCUUUAGAUAAUGCUGGUGUUGUAUCUCAAUUGGAAGCUUUUAGCAACUUUGAAAGUAAUGCCCAGGAUGAUUCUAUAUCUUUAGACAAUACUAGUAUAUUUCAAUCGGAAGCUUUGAACAACUCUGAAAAUAAAUCCCAAGAUGAACCUGUAUCUUCAGGUGACAUUGGUGUUAUAUCUCAACCAGAAGCUGUGAGCAAUUCUGAAAAUAAUUCCAAAGAUCCUGAAUUUUUAGAUGACACUGAUGUUGUAUCUCAACCAGAAACUGUAAGCAACUCUGAAAAUAAAGAUACUACUAAAAGCUGUAUUGAAGAAGUUUCAGAAGAAAAUAAGGAAUCUGAUCAAUCACAGAUUGAUAAAGAUAUUGCAGAGGUGCACAAUGAAAUUGAUAAAAAAGAAACCACAAUAACCUCUGAGAAGGAUUUGACUAUAUCAAACAUAGAGGCGACUGCUUCUUCAGAAACCGACGAGGGACACAAUAAUGCAGAGCUUGAAGCAGCAUCUGAGAAUGCGACUAUAACUGCCAAAGAAAGUAACGUAGUUGAAAGUUCCUUUGAGGAAAACGCAUCGGUUCAUGUAGAUGCGGAAACAACAGAGUUGGAUACAUCCAUUUUAACUGAAAAGUGCGAUACGAAGCUUGCGUCGACUCUCGAAGACUUGUGCAAAGUUCCAGACGAUAAUUUAAAUGACAGGGAGAAGUCUGUCAAUGAUGAUGUUGCAGAUGAAUCCGAAACGUUAUCCAAAGAAAAAACAAAAGAUUGCGACAUCCCAGAUGAAUCGAGUAGUAAUGCGGACGAUGCGCAAGUAUCACAGAAAGAAGCUGCAUCAAAAAAAAUGGAUACAGAAUCUUCGGACAGUAAUUUAGAUAAUUUCGAAAAAGAUCUGUCCGAGAAGAACGUCGAGCCCGAAAACACGGAGUUUGUACAAUUCUCUAAUGACAAACAAGACGAUUCUCAGAUUGAAGGCCAGCCUAUGGACGCGGAGGAUCCUUUUGGCGGAGACACUCUUACGUCCGAAAACGUGGAACCGAUGGAAACCGAUAGUCUUACUGAGAGCGAACUCAGAGAACAAGGUGAUAAUUUACAGGAUGCUGUAAAUGCUAGAAAUAAUGACUGUAGUGAUGAACUUAACGUUGAUUCUUCAUUAAAUGACGCAAAUUCCGACGUUAAUAAAAUUGUAAAUAAUAUUACUGAAACGUCAAACGAUGUACGACCUAUCAUAGAUUCUCCCGAUAAUACCGCAAUGGACACUGAUCUUCCAGCUUCUAGUACAUCAAAAACGGGAACAGGAGAUAUAUCCACGAAGACAUCUGACGAACAAGAGGAGCAGACUAAAAAGGAUGCCGAAAAAAUUACACCGAUGGAAACGGAUGAACAGACCGAUGUGUUACCGGGACAAGAUGAUGAAUUGUGCAUCAUCCCAGACAGUAUGAAAGUAAUAAUACCAAAUAAAUCAGGUAAAACAAUAGAUGAUGAUCAAAACAAAUCUACACCUACCAAAGAUUCUAAAUCUGAGGAAGCAACGCAGAACUCUAGCAAAUCUAGUAAUUUGGAGCUUGAGAAGGAUACUUUACAAAAUGAAUGUAAAGAAACUAUAGAAAAUAAAGAUAAAACGGAAAGUGUCACAAAGCAGAACGCGACCAUUCAAGAUGAAACACCAUUAAAGCAGGAUGUAAUAGUAGCAACGGAUAUUAUUAAUAUUGAUGAUGAAAAAAAUCUAGAAGUUGAAGAAAUUAGCAAUAAAGAAGUAUGUAAGCAAUGCGGUGAGGAAAGAGCAUGCAAAAUUCGGGUGAAAAUUAAUACAGAAACUUAUUUUGUAUGCUCGAAAACAUGUAAGGCACUGUAUAAAGCAGCUAAUAAUAAAACGAUUGAAAUACCAAGCGAAGGAACCAACUCUAAUCAAGAGAAACGUUGCGCAGCUUGUUUAUUAAUUAUAGAAGCGAAUGACGAGCGAAAUCUCUCAUGGGAAACGAUGGAAUUUUGUAACGAGGAAUGUUUGGGCAAAUUCCAAAGGAAAUAUGGAAGUUUCUGCAAGAAUUGUAACGGUGUGGUUCAAGCUGUUAGUUUAGGGAAAUACUGCGUGAGAUUCGGAUGUGACGUAAGACAAUUUUGUUGUUCGACGUGUUUAGAGGAGUUCAAAAAGGGUUUAAAGGUAUGCAGUUACUGUCAAAAAGACAUAAGUUUCAGUACGGACGGUUUCCUCGCGCCGGUCGGGGAAAAGGGACAGUUUAAAGAUUUUUGUACUCAAGACUGUAUGGAAAAGUAUUCGAAAUUAAAUUCUUUAGAACCACCAACUACAGAGAAAAAGCCAUGCAGUGUUUGUAAAGAGGAAAAAGUUGUACAUUGCGAAGUUCAAAUAUAUAAUAGCAGUCCAGUAGCAAUAUGCAGUGAACCCUGUUUUGCUGCAUUUAAAUUUGUGAAACAAGUUAAACCAGAGCAAUGCUCUACCUGCAAAAAAUUUUUUGAAUUGCCGAAUAAACAGCAUUUUAUUGUCUUUUACGAGAAUGAGCCCCAUACGUUUUGUAAUAAGACGUGCUUGAAUAUAUUUAUUAUAACAAAUAGGAAAAUAGUUCCAUGUAACUGGUGCAAAGUAAAGAAGUACAACUUUGAUAUGAUUAAGAAGGAAUUAAAAACAGGGCAGGUCCUGAUGAUGUGCAGUUUAAAUUGCUUGACAUUAUAUCAGGUUUCUAUUAAUGCUGUAUCUGCUAAACGAAUCAACUGUGAUUUAUGUAAGGAGUAUUCCUUAGCUCAUUAUCAUCUGACAAUGUCAGAUGCGACAAUACGGAAUUUUUGCUCGUACAAUUGCGUUAUGAACUUCCAAGCACAGUACACAAAGUCUCCUAUAACUAUACCGUCGAGUGACGACCCUGUGCCUACAGGCUUACCCAAGAAGACUACGUUACCACAAAGAAGUACGAACCAGAUUAUUCCCAAUGAGAUACAAAGUAAGAAAACUCUACCGAUUAUCUCUUCAGUAACGAGCCUAGCUACGAUAGGGAAUGGACAAGCGAGUCCGACGACGCAGCAAAACAAUAUAGUAAUGGCUGCAAAUGCGAAUCAAACUGCACAAAUGGUCUACAAACAACAGGUUAUUAUUAGACCGCCUAGUCCAGUGAAGGUACAUAAUAAAACGACUCAGUGUAAGCCUAUAGUACAUACAAAGGGAGUUUCUGUACGGCCUCAUCCUUGCACAAAGUCGACACAAACUGAGGAAAAAGUUCAACAAGUGGUCGUACCCAUACCAGUGCCAAUUUACGUUCCAUUUCCAAUGCACAUGUAUAGUAUGCCUUUCCCAGUUCCGAUGCCUUUUCCAUUGCCCAUUCCUGUUCCACUGUUCAUACCUACUACGAGAAAUAGUGCUAAAGGCAUUAUGAAAGACAUCAAGAAAAUACAAGAAAAGAUACCAGCUGAUCCAUACGAAGCUGAACUUCUUAUGAUGGCUGAGAUGGUAGCUACAGAAAAGAAGGCCGAUAGCGAUUCAGAUUCAGUGGACGAUAGGGAAGAUGACACAGCUGAUCAAGACAAUUUACAUAGUGAUGGUUUCAGUCCGGAAGCGGUUGAUUCCAGUAACACGUUUGGAGAUGACAUGUUACAAAUGGCGUUAAAAAUGGCUACGGAAGAAUUAGAUGAGCCAGCAGUCGAUUUGGAAGCUGCUUUAACACCAAACACGAUUACAGCUACACAGGCACCGCCGCAGCCAGAGAACACUUUGGACAACGAUGUGCAAUCAGAACGACUAAUGGUUUCGUCUAGAGGAAGGAAACGCGUAUUACCGUACAAGCCGCGAUCAACACCGACCAAACGAAUGAGACGCGUCUCUGGUACAAAUGACAUGCCAUUAAUGCCUCCACCAGAGCCACAGCCACCUCCACAACCGCGUAUUAUGGAACCAAUGGAAAAACCUGAUGCUAAUAUGGCAUUAAAAUAUACAUUUGGCGUAAAUGCGUGGAGACAAUGGGUAGUAGGAAAGAAUGCUGAAUUAGAAAAACAAAUUACGCCAAUGAGGAAGAUAAAGUUGUUCAAAACAGAUCUCUUACAACUUACUGCGGACGAAUUAAAUUAUUCUUUAUGUCUUUUUGUGAAGGAAGUAAGAAAACCAAAUGGUGCAGAAUAUGCUCCUGAUACAAUAUAUUAUCUUUGCCUAGGAAUACAACAAUACUUGUUUGAGAAUAAUAGGAUCGACAACAUAUUCACAGAUUCGUAUUAUGAGAAAUUUACAGAUUGCCUAAACGAAGUAGCGAAAAAGUUCUCUGUACUGUACAACGAGGCACAAUACAUUGUAACCAGGGUGGAGGAGGAACAUUUAUGGGAAUGCAAACAAUUGGGUGCUCAUUCUCCACAUGUUCUAUUAAGCACACUUAUGUUUUUUAAUACGAAACAUUUUAAUCUCGUGACAGUGGAGGAACACAUGCAACUUUCUUUUUCUCACAUCAUGAAACAUUGGAAACGCAAUCCAGCAGCUCAACCCACGGCAGUGACAGGAAAAGUUCCUGGCUCAAGAAACGUCCUUCUAAGAUUUUAUCCGCCCCAAUCAGCUCUUGAAGCUAAUUCAAGGAAAAAGAAGGUAUAUGAACAACAAGAAAAUGAGGAGAAUCCAUUAAGAUGUCCUGUUAAAUUAUACGAAUUCUAUCUGUCGAAAUGCCCUGAAAGCGUUAAGACGCGAAAUGACGUCUUCUAUCUAUUACCAGAACGCAGUUGCGUACCAGACAGUCCAGUAUGGUAUUCAACAUCGCCACUCGCGAAGGAACAACUCGUCAAAAUGUUAUAUCGCAUUAAAAUGGUUAAAGAAAUUAAUGUAGCUUUACUAACAAGUUAAUUUUCUUUAUUACAGUGAUCUCUUGUAUUGUUAAGCCAAUAACUAAAGAAAAGCAAAAGGAAGACUUAUCUGUUUUAACACUUUGACUGCCAUCCGGAAAUUUCAGUUUAAUUCCGGUCUAUACAAUGUAUUCCAACAUUGUUUUAUGUUAAUUAUGAUAUAUUUAAUUAUUGUGUAUUAAAUUAUUGCAUAUACAGUAAUUAAAUAUAAUUGUAUAUUUAAUAUUAAAUGUGAAAUAUUUUCGGUUUCUUAACAAUGGUUUCUUAACAAUGUAUUAAUAAUAUUUAUAUAAUUUGUAUUUUUAAUAGAAAUUAAUUUAGCUUUUAACAUAUUAUUGUGCACGUCUGUACGAUAGGACGUGUGUUAUGACUUUUGCCUAUAUUGAAAUGUAUGCAUUCGAAAUAUGCAAAGUGUUAAAAUGAUGCAGAAAAAUAAUUAUAAAAAUAAGGUAAUGCGAUACAGAAAUUUAGGAUUAAACAAGUUUUCCAGUUUCUAUUGUAUAUUUUUCACUUCCCAAUAAAAACUUAUUGAUCAUUGAAAA